UUGGAAUUAUUCAUAGAGAUGUUCAACCCGAAAAUAUUUUUUUGACUCGGGGAGCUACUGUAAAACUUGGCCAUUUUUCUCAAUCUAAGACACUAUUUGAAGAAGUAAAUGAUGAAGACAAUGAGUUACUUAGAGAAGUGGGACAAUGCAAAACGCCCGUUGGACGUGAGGAAUUUAUGUGUAUUGAAAAGCAAUUAAAUCUCGAAUUAUGGUGUGAACAUCAACGUUCAGAAGCAGAAUAUAGCUAUUCUGCUGAUAUGUGGUCUCUAGGUGUUUUAAUUUUGCAUAUGGUCUCUUACUUCCCAGAUGAGCAAUGCCAAAAGUUACAUAAAAAUUUUGCUUUAAUAAUGCAUGAAGAACAGCUUCCAUUCAUUUGGCUUACUGUUGAUAUGCUUCAAUUACGUUCUCGUUUAGUUAAAAGUGGAGGAGAAGAAUUGAAACUUUUUCUGAAUGAUCAUCUUUUAACUGUUAAUCCGAAACAAAGAUCUUCAGCUUCGUCUCUUUUAAAAACUCAGGAAAUGAAGAAAUGGUGUUUGGCAAAUGUGGAGGCUGAUUCUGCUUUUCUACGUGCACAUUUUAUUAAUGAAAUUGAUUUUGCUAAUCAAAUGAAGCUUGAGGCUGAUUCGCCAAAUUAUGAUGCUUUGGAAACUAAGGAUAUUCCAGCAGAAUUUUAUUGGGAUGAUCGUUGGAGACUUUUAGAGGAAACUGAAUUAUAUUUUUUGUUAGUUAUUCAUUUACCUAAUAGAGGACCUGUCUCAAAAGGACAAUUAUUCAAAUUUUCACAUCCAGAACCUUUCUUUCGACAAAUUUAUUUGCAAUUAUUGUUAACUAAUUUAGAUUUUACUAAUUUGUUGAAAAUCGAUUAUGAAGUUAGGCAAACUCUUUUUGAAUUUAUUCGUCAAUAUUCGACAAAUCUUGGACAAAAUACAGCUAUAACAAGUAAAUAUUUAUUUUAA